UUUAAUAAACAUUACAAUUCAACAAUAUUGUAAAAAAGUGACAUAUUUGUAAAGUUUUGCUACAAGUGUUGUUUAAUAAAACCUACAAAUAUGUAAGAAACCUACAAUUAAAAAACGUACAAUUGUAACCAUUGUAAAAGCCGUUUAAUAAACAUUUAAAUAUGUAAAAAACGCCUGUAGUUUACAAUGACAAUAUUGUAGUCACAAAUUUGUAAUGGUAACUUACAAUUUACAUAAAAUGUAGAUUUUCUACAAGUUUUCAAUAAAAGAGGGUAGACAUGAUGAUGAAAAGAGGGUAGAAAUCUUAUUAUAUUAAAUUGGUUUACCGUUUGACUGUUCAUCAUCAAGUAUGGAAAUUAACAACAAAAUUACAAUUCUAUCUCUCAUUUACGAAAAUAAGGAUACUUUAUUCGGUCGGUUUAGUGAAAAAUUAACGCACGAAAUUAAAAUAAAGAAGUGGAAGGAGAUUGCCGAACAACUAAACUCUUUGAGUAUCUAUAACAAAGACUGGAAGUACCUACGUGACACAACGUGGCAAAACUUUAGAAAAAGGACUAUCGAAAAGAGGGAUAAUCGUCAACAGACGGGGUCGGCGGGAGGAAAAAAAUGCAGAUAUGACGAUGUUGACGAACUAGUCCUAAAAAUAAUCGGCAAGGAGUCUCCUGUCUUAGAAGGUCUCUGUGUGCCGGAAUCAUCGGGUUCAGAUCAAGCACAAAUUCACGAACCAGCUGCCGCCGCCAUAAAUAGUACCAUCAACGCACCAGAACCGGAUAAAGUUGUGUGUGAGUCACCGGUGCAAAAUACUCCUACUCAAUUCACUCGUCCUCCUAUUAGGAAAAGAUACAAUAGUGUGACUAUAAAUGAAACAAACGAGAGUCAAGCUUAUAUCGAACUUAAAACGAAAAAAAUGGAAUUGGAACUGAGAUUGACCAACGAAAAACUUGAAAUUGCAAAGCGUGAACGAUAUAAGUUAGAUUUGGAGUUACUAAAACUGGAAAGGGAGUUGAAUAUACAGCAACCAUCUCCUUUCACGUUACCAUUUUAUCUACAAAAUGUUGUCGUUGAGUCUACUUCUCCGAUUGUUAUCAGCAGCGCCACAGAGACAGAUCAAGCAAAAGGAGCAGAUAUUUUGUCGGUAGCGAUAAAUAACAGCUUCCUUUAGUUUGUAUAGUAUUUUUUUAUUAUUACAUCAUUUUUAAAAACAUGUAAAAGUGUAUUAUUCAAACAAUAAUAUUAAAGACCGCAAAACUUGAAUAGCCUCCUGUUCCAAAACUUCUUCUUCGCCACUAUUAUUAGCGAC